CAUCAUGUAAUUUAAAUGAGUAUUUUCCAUUUCUAAUCCAGGACUUUUUAGAUUCCAUUCAAUCUUCCAAAAAUACCAAAUUAUUUAUGAAAUAAAGUCUGAAACAUAAUGAAUCUUUCAUGUUUUCCAGAUAAAAGAUGGCGGAGAAACAGGAAGUCCAGCAGGAAGUGGAUUUCGAGAAAAAACUUUUCAGGGUUCUCCCUGAGUUUGUGAAGAGAGUUUCUGAGGUAAUCCUGAAACAGCUCCUUGAUGGCCUUCUAUUAGAUGGGGUCUUUGCACUUUCAGAGAUAGAAGAUAUACUGCAGAAGAACCAAACCAGAGCAGAGAAGGCCCGCGACACCAUACUUGCUGUGAUGAAGAAGGGAAACGAAGCCUGUAGAUUGAUGAUCAAACGUCUCCAACAGAGAGAUUCGACUCUGUUCAACCAGCUGGGUUUGUCCUCUGACUCCUCUGGUCCAGAGUAA